AUGAGCAACGACGAGAUCAUUGAACUCAUCGGGUCUCGUCGCACUGGGACCCUCAGCGCUGAGGCCGGUGUCGACCUGGGCGACAACCACAUAUUGCCGCUCACCGACACAACCGUUGCGAAGCGGAUAUGGGACGACCACGAUAUGUUCGUGUCCGAGGCGCUCACGUACGAUCUUGUCUUCCAUCACACAACCAUCCCUGUCCCACGCGUUCGUCGUGUCAUCCGGUACGAUUCAGGCGAGUAUUCCGUCUUCGUCAUGGAUCGUAUCUCUGGCCAACAGCUUGCCCAAGUCCGGCCUUCGCUGUCUAUCUGGGGAAAACUUCGCGUCGCCUUCACCUUGCGCAGUUACAUUCAGCAGUUACGCGCCAUUAGGCACCCACGUUCCGUCGCCUUAAUUUGCCCAUGCCCAAUGUUUGGUGAAAUAGGGCCUCCUCGCGGACCCUUCUCAUCUUACUCCGAGUUAUCUGCAUUCUGGAACGCCAAAUACAAUGCAGCUCGUGCGUUUGCGCUUCGUAGAGCAGGCGCAGCUAGCACGGCCAUGCCCUCAAAGCCAUUCGACGACAUUAGACCACUGGUGCUUACUCACUGCGACCUCAACAUGCGCAACAUCCUUGUAGGCGAUGACGGUAGGCUUUGGUUGAUAGAUUCGGGAUGGUCGGGAUUUUAUCCAGAGUGGUUUGAGUACGUGACCGCCAGGAGGCGUUCAGAGCUCGUACCCUCGGCUAAGCCUGACCACCGGGUAUGGGAGGCUCUCAUGCCAUUCAUAUGCGGCCCUUACUUCCGUCAGUGGAGAUGGUUCUGGUCUAUGGCGUGGAUUCUCGAUUACGGCCAAUAA